AUGAAUGCUACAAUGGGUUCCACCCACAUCUCACCACCAAAAGAAGGUACUAAUAUUCCAAGAAGGAGAGCAGGUAGUUCUCCUGCGACUCCUAAAGAAUUAGAAGUGGAUGAACCAGAAGAUAUCACACCUGAUAUUCCAACUUCAUCGGGAUCCGCAACUAUGGACAGGUUUAAAAAUAUCAAAGAUGAGUCUGAGGUACAAUCCACACAUUUAGAGGUCCAAAGACCUCCAGAUCUUUUUGAUUCCUAUGAGAAGUCUCUGAUACACUUCACAAGUGAGCUAUCUGGACAACCUACCAAGGCAGUUUUGCAGUUGAAGAAGCUCGCAGAUGGAAAGGAAAUCGGUGUAAAAUGCCCUAGCAAUUCUAUAAAAUUGCUCUUGGCUGAAUCGGAGGAUACACCAGUAAAUGGACCCCUUUCCGUUCGUGUAGAGGGUGAACAUAUUGAAGCAGAUAUUACAUCGCUAUUCGAUUCCAACCUUGCUAAUGGAGUUAAUCUUUCAGAUUUCUGGAUAAUAAUGGAUACUGAACCCGACUGUUACUUUGCAUUUGAUGUGGCAGAGAAACCAGUGAUUAAAUUUGAUCUCCCAGGGUUCAUAGCUUCUUCUCUGGGCAAGAAGUCCUACGCAGGUUUGGUUUUCCCAACUAUUGGUAAUGCACACUCAGGUUUAAUAAUAUCUGGAGCGGGAGUUGUUGUUUUGUUGCUUGUUUAUGCCAUGUUUAAGAUGAGGAAGGACAACACCGACUAUACAUACUUUUAUGAUCCUGCACCAAAUGAUAUGGUCACUGCUACAUAA